AUGACGACCCGUGUCGGAAUCUCAGACCGUUCGAUUGCAAUCACAAGUUCCGUUUCAGAGGUUACUGGAUUGCGUCCGAGCCUCCUUCCAUCAGCUCGUCGAACCGCGCAAGAGAUUAAGAACUCAGGUUCGGGACGAACGCGGCAACGCAAUUUGCAAUGUCGGUCUCCUGCAGCAACAGCAACAACAGCAGCAGCAGCUGAUUGUUCUGCAUCAAACGGUCAAGAUUUCGCGAGGCAAACAUCCGGAUGGCUGAACGGCCGCGCGUGCCUGAUUUGCGCUGCCCAGGGCUGCGUGUCGUGCGUCGGCGUACCUCCACGUGUCACUCUCCCUUCACCAGGAUGUCGCAGGCGUUACUCCCGCAGACGCGUUUUCGCGCGAGGAUCCCAAGGAUCCGCAGGGGAGAGGUUCUUAGAGUCGGAAUCGGGAGGUUCGGGGGAAAGCGGUUUGGCAGGUGGUAGUAGCGCCGGCGCCAACAGCAGCAGCAUCAGCAGCGGAGAUUCAGACACUGCGGAUCGAAAUAGAAGUAAUGGUGGAGAGACAGAAGGGAAUGGUCGAAUUAGCAGCAGCAGUGCCAAUGCCAGCAGCAGUGGCGUCACUGGAAAUUCAGGCAGUGCGAUAGCGAACUCGAAUGGAACUGGUAACAGUAACGGAAAUGGUGCUGUAACCUCGUUCAACACUGCAGGGUACCCAGGCGGUGCAGGUGGUGAUUCCUCUUCUGCUGUCGCUGCACCUCCCGCCGUCACUCCAGACACUCUAUGGGAGGAGCUGCUGCCGUGCAUCACGUACCUCUCCCCCACGCAGCUGCAAGUCGUCCGCCACGCCUUGAGACUGGCGUACAGGGCGCAUGACGGGCAGAAGAGGAAGAGCGGCGAGCCGUACAUCAUUCACCCAGUGGAGGUCGCCCGGAUACUGGGCCAGCUGGAGAUGGACUGGGAGACAGUAGUCGCAGGGCUGUUGCACGACACAGUGGAGGACACGGACGUGGUAUCUUUCGAGCAGAUCGAAGCCUCGUAUGGGCCGGCCGUCAGGCGCAUCGUUGAGGGUGAAACCAAGGUGUCGAAGCUGGGCAAGGUGAAGGACGGCAGCAAGGCAGACGUGAAGGCAGACGAUCUGCGCCAGAUGUUCCUCGCCAUGACGGAAGAGGUCCGUGUGAUUAUAGUGAAGCUGGCGGACAGGCUACACAACAUGCGCACGCUCACGCACAUGCCGCCCCACAAGCAGAAGUACAUCGCUAUGGAGACCCUCAGCGUCUUCGCCCCCCUCGCCCGCCUGCUCGGCAUGUACCACAUCAAGACGGAGCUGGAGGACCUGUCAUUCCGGUAUGCAUAUCCCGAGGAGUAUCUGGAUGUGUCUGAGCGAAUGCUGCACCUCUGCACGCAGCAACAACCCGCUCUGGAUGAGGCACGUGUGAUGCUAGAGGAGGCAAUGCGAAAGGACAAGUUUUUGGAUCUCAUGACUUCAGGGGCGAGGGUGGAGACACGGUGCAAGGAACCUUACAGCAUAUUCAAGAAGGUGGUGGAGACGGGCGCCAAGGUGGAGGAGAUUCACGAGAUCUCGCAGAUCCGCGUGGUGCUCUCCAUGGACGAUGCGGCCGACCAGCAGGACAGCAGCUCGCGCAACAUCGCGCAGCAGGUGUCCUACCAUGUGUUAGGCCUCGUGCAUGCUCUCUGGCGACCUCUCCCAGGCACCGUAAAAGACUACAUAGCGACGCCCAAGCCCAACGGGUAUCAGAGCCUGCACACCACGGUGCUACCCUUGGGCGCCUCCUCUCUCUUCCCCGUGGAGGUGCAGAUCCGCACCGACCACAUGGAUAAGCUCGCAGAGUGGGGCAUCGCUGCUCACCACACCGGCCGCCACCCCCACCUGCUGCUGCACGGCCAGCAGGAGGAGCAGCAGCAGGGGCAGGGGCAGCAGGGGAAGCAGAUGAAGACUCAGGGGCAGCAGGGGAAGCAGGAGCGGCAGGGGCAGGUGAAUCAGCUAGCUGAUGGGUCGGAGGAUCUAGCAGGGUUGCUUCUUCCAGGCUUGGAUUACUCAACCACAGAUGAUUCGGAAGGGGAUAGUGACAGCUCAGGAAGUGACGAUGAGCCGGGCCGUCCCCCUCUUGCCUCUACCAUCAGCAGUGUUGCGGUGUGUGGGGGGGUGACUGAGACGCAGAGCAGCUGGGGCAACGACGCUGACGUGGCGAGGCGGGUGAGCUGGCUGAACUCGAUUCGCGAGUGGCAGGAGGAGUUUGUGGGGGCGAUCAGCGCGCGGGAGUUUGUGGAUACGGUCACGUGCGACCUGUUUGGGUCAAGGAUCUUUGUGUUCACGCCCAAGGGGGAGGUGAAGAACCUACCCAAGGGCGCCACUGUGAUUGACUACGCCUACCAUAUCCACACGGACGUCGGCAACCGAAUGGUGGCCGCCAAGGUGAAUGGCAAUUUCGUCCCGCCCACGUACGCUCUGUCCAAUGGGGAGGUCGUUGAGGUUCUCACAUACAAGGGCGGGUCGGGUGGUUCCCGCAAGGGCUUUAAGCAACGCCAGCAGUGGCUGCAGCACGCCAAGACGAGAAGCGCCAGGCACAAGCUCACCAAGCCCACUCAAUCACCCUCCAUACAGUCACCAUCAUCAUCACUCCCAUUCGACUUCUCCCCAUCCACCACCCCCUCAGCCGCCCCUUCCCCCCGCUCCCGCCCUCUCUCAUCCCCACCAUCCGCCACAAAGGCUGUUCCCCAGACUCCCAACAAGGGGAGGCAGGGGCGAUUGGCAGUGCAAGAGGGAGAAGCAGGUACGGGGUCUAGAAAAGGGCGGUCAGGCGAGGUGGAGAGGAGUAUAGAUGGUACAUUGGGCGGGAGAGAGGUGGAACUAGGCAGGGCUGAAUCGGGGAAAGUGGGAUCUGAGACAGGGGCAGCUGGUGAAAGAGGCUCAGAGGGUUUGCGGUUUUCUGAUGACGGGGCUGCUGCUGACGUGGCGUCUGCUCGGCUGGCGGCGGGCGAUGCUGACGUGUCACUGGCUAGCGCUGAUGUGGAGCUGUCACGAGGCAGGAGCAGAGAUGACGUGGACGGGAGUGUUGGUGCCGGGGUAGGGAGCAGAGAGGGGGUAGAUGAGCUAGUGUCACGGCUGUUGGAGGGAUUAACAGGGGAAGCACAGUUGGAUGGAGGGUCGUCAGGGAGAGGGAGGGCGUCGGAGGGAGGGGGCGCGUGUGUGGAUGCGUUUGCGGAGUUUGAGGAGUGGCAGACGCAGACUGUUGCCAUGUGGCAGUUCCUGAGUGGCCGCAGAAAGGUGGUGCUGUGGCUGGCCGUGCAGUGUUACGACCGCACAGGGAUGCUGGCGGAAGUUUCCAAGAUAGUGACGGAAUCUGGCCUGCUCAUCUUCCCCAUCGCCCCUGCCAUUUCUUCCUCCGCCAUGCCGCUUUCGCGAGCUUGCGCUGCCGCCCUCGCCCCCUCCCCCGCCUCUUUUACUUGCGCCAAUUCGCUCCCCGCAUUCCUUCAGCGCGCUGCUGCUGCUCCUUCCGCCGUUCCGCUGCGCCUCAGCGCAACACCCAGCUGCCCAUCCACCUCGGCAUUCGACGGUCUAAGGUCGCUUCGGCAUCGCACAACUAGCCCCGCGCAGCGCACAUCGCUCCGCUCCCGCACUUGCGCUCCGCGCGCAAUGGCAUCCGCGGAAGUGAUCCCCGCGGUGAUAAUCGGCGCGGGGCGCGUGGGGCAGGCGCUGGAGAAGAUGGGCGGGGGGCGGGACGUGGUGGUGCGGCGCGGGGAGAAGGUCCCGGAACGCGGGGAGGGACCGAUCAUCGUGUGCACGCGGAACGAUGCGCUUGACGCUGUCGUUGAUGCAGUGCCGGAAUCCAGGAGGGAAGAUCUGGUGUUUAUUCAGAACGGCAUGCUCGACCCCUGGUUGACGUCUAGGGGUCUGCAGGACGCCACUCAAGUGCUCGUGUAUUUCGCCGUGGCCAAGGCGGGCGACCCCCCUCUGGACGGCAUCACGGACGUCAAUCCCGAGGGGCUCACUGCUGCCACUGGCAAGUGGGCGGAAGCUGUUGCGGCUAGACUGAAAUCGGCUGGAUUGAGCUGUAAGGUGCUCUCCCCGUCAGCCUUCCGUCGGCCUCAACUGGAGAAGCUGAUGUGGAUUUGCGCGUUCAUGCUGGUGGGAGCGAGGAAUGGCGGCAUCACCGUGGGCGAGGUGGAGAGCCAACACAGGGAGGCCGUGACUCUGCUCAUCAACGAGCUCGCUGCGGCUGCUGUGGCGGCUGGGGCGGUGGAUGGGUUUGACGAGGGGUUGGUGGAGCGACUGUGUGCGUACGCUCGCUCCGUCGCUCACUUCCCCACGGCUGUUAAAGAGUUUGAGUGGCGCAACGGCUGGUUCUACAGCAUGUCAAAAGCCGCAGUGGCAGCCGGCAAGCCGGACCCUUGCCCUUUGCACUCUGCUUGUGGUGGCGAUGCUUUUGCUGGAUUGCGGGCUGAAAAGCGAGCAUCCUUCGCCAAUCAGGGGGUCCUAAGAUUGUCAAUCCACGGCCCGUGGCCUCCGGACUGCGUGCUCUCCUCCGCCGCGUCCCUCGCUGGCUGCCAAAUUGCGGCUCCCCGUCAACAGCAGACCGUCAGGCGGUCGCUCGCCGCUGUCCGCUGCGAGGCCGCGUCAUCGGACGACAAGCACGUCGUGUCCCGGCGAUCAGCAACUGCUCUCGGCCUAGCUGCCCUUCUCGCUGCCAUCCCCGCUUCUUCCGCUUCUGCUAAAGACAUCCCUCUUUUCGGCAUUAGGAGGAAGGCUGUUGAGGAGGAGGCUCCCGCUGCUGCUCCAGUGGCUGCUCCCGUGGUUGCCUCGUCUCCCGCUGCUCCCGUUGUUGCUCCCUCCGUCGGUGUCCCAGUCACGUCGGAGAGCGACAUUCCCGCUGAGACCCAGGCUGUCGCCGUUGCUGCUGUGGAGGUCGUGGCUGUGCUUACCGCUGGCGCCAUCGUCAAGUCGGUGACUUCUUAA